AUGAACGUUAGGGCUGCAGUGGAUCCCCUAGUGACGACGAAAGUGAUCGGAGAUGUGAUUGAUAAGUUCGUUCCGGCUGCCGAGUUGACUGUGCAAUAUGAAUCAACGCCUGUGGCUAACGGUUGCGAUAUCAAUCCAUCGUCGGCUGCCGAAAAACCUCACGUUCAUAUCAGUGGUUCUCGUGGCUCUCCUAAUUAUACUCUUGUAAUGGUUGAUCCCGAUGCUCCAAGACCGAGUGAACCAACUUUCAGAGAGUGGCUCCACUGGAUGGUCAUAAAUAUUCCAGAGGGAGCUGAUGCGAGUGAAGGCAAAGAGUUGAUGCCAUACAUGGGACCUCAACCACCAACAGGCAUUCACCAAUACGUAUUUGUGGCUUUCAAGCAGAAAGGUGUAAUGGAAACUGUGAAAACCAGGCUAGUCGAGCGUAAAAACUUCAGCACUCGUAAGUUCGCUGGCGAGAAUGAGCUUGGACUGCCAGCAGCUACAUUGUAUUUCAACUCGCAAAGUAACCAAAGAGUAAGAAAAAAUAGAUGA